CUGAAUGUAUUAUCAUAUAUUCUUGAAGCGUAUUUGCUUAACCUCAAAAUAUUUCCGAUUUCAUAGAUUGACUUUUUCUCCGUAAGAAGGUUUCUUAGAGAAUUGGGCCAGUGUUUUUUUCACCCAACAUCGCUUAUUCACCAACACUAACGUUCAGAGUAUUUGGGGGAUCAAAAUACUGUUCAGAAAACAGUUUUAAAUUUCGUACACGUUUAAGGGUUGGAAAUGCUUUUACAAGCAUCCCAAUUUUCGUUUGUGUUGUCUGCUUGGAGACUGUGGUUUGGCCAUUGUUCCUUAUCCACAUUCACUGAAGGUGUUGAUCACAACUGAAGACAGGGGCCAGACCGUCAGGUCCUUUUAUGCCCAGGAGCCCUUGGCAGCCAUGUCAGGGAGUUCCUGCUCAAACCAGGCUUGCUUAGCCUAGGAUAGCAGUAGAUUCUGAGAUGCACCCAUCUCAGAAUGGUCCACACGUGGCCACAGUCAUUCCUCCCGCAUAAUGGACUUGGGCUCAGGAGGUCAAGCUCUUUUCAAGGAGCAUGAGCUGAAAUUGCUAACCUUUGGGAGUUUUCAGUGACACCUUUGGAAAUGCUCACGGUGUGGCGUGGAUCAGCUGAGGAGGGCUGAUGUGCCCUGUGGGCCAUCUAUCUGUGUAACUUUGAGGUAGGCCACAGGGGCCACUUAGGCCGGCAGACGCCCACUGUGAUUGGUUGACAUGAUGCCAAGCAACAGGGUCAUCCGAUCACCUUCAAGGCAGUGACGUUUGCUGACAGGCUCCCUGGGUAACACUUCAUCCAACCAGAUGUCGAGUUGGCCUGUGACGUAGAACCACGCGGCCACUCCAAAGUGCCCUGCCCCCAACCUUCCCGGGUGCCCAACCGUCACCGUCUGUUCUUGCCAUCUAAUGGCCGCUGCCUCCGCCAUGGCUGAGCCUUCCUCUAAGCCAACCUCCGAGGACGACCAGAGCACCCAGGAACCCAAAGAGGCCAGCUCCUCGACGGCCCAGAAGCAGGAGAAGCGAGGGCGCCGAGGGUCCCGCAGCCGCCACGCCAACCGCGGCAGGGACAGCUUCCAGGACAGCUUCGUCACCUAUUUCCCCUCGGCGCUGAAACAGGUUCACCAGGGUCUCAGCCUUUCCCAGGAGGCCCUGAGUGUCAUGGAUUCUAUGAUUCAUGACAUAUUGGACCGCAUCGCCACCGAGGCUGGUCAACUGGCUCGCUAUGCCAAGCGCGUGACCAUCACCCCCCGGGACAUCCAGAUCGCCGUGCGCCUGCUGCUGCCAGGGAAGAUGGGCAAGUUCGCGGAGUUCCAGGGCACGAGUGCCGUCCUCAGGUACACCAGGAGCAAGUGAGCUGCCUCAGCAGCGCCUGAGCACCACGGAAACCCAAAGGCUCUGUUCAGAGCCACCGCAA